AUGGAGGUGUCCCAGCCUAGCGAGGCUUCCGAAAUCCUUGCUGAUGCGCUACAGCAGGAGACAAGGUGCAGUGCGCUGGAUUUGGAGCGUUUGCUUCAGGUUUGGAUCUUAAACUGCUUUGAACACACUGAUGAGCCGCUGGGCUACUCCACGUACUUCAUGUCUUCAUUCAUGUCACACUCGUGCUAUCCCAAUGCUGUUUGGCACUACGCAGAGGACGACUUCGUCUUGCGAGCCAGAGAGAAGAUCGAGACGGAUGAAGAAAUUACCGUGUCCUACCUCGGAGAGGACAAUCUGCUGGAAGCUGCCACUGUCCGCAGAACACAUUUGCUGGACACCAAACACUUUGUCUGCGACUGUCAGCGCUGCAUUGAUGACUGCGACCCUUGCCGUGGCUUCAGGUGCCCUCGCUGUCUCAGCGCCUCAUUGAAACUGGGGGCCUGUGGAGAUGAGGUGGAGGUUGGGGCAGAUGCAAUGACUGGUCGAAAGUGUGAACACUGUGGUCAUGGGCUGCUGGCUGGCGAGGCAGCUAUGCUUCUUGCAGAAGAAAACUUGUGUAAGGAGAAAGUUCAAGAGAUGGAAGAGAAGCUUUCGCAAAUGGGCAGGGCAAAGCCGGCCAAAGAGCUGGUCAAGUGUGUUCAAAGAAGCCUCCGGCGAGCCGAGAAGUCCUUAGCCCAGCACUAUCUCUUGGACCGCUCCUUUCAAGCUCUAACAGAGCUGAGUCUCCGAUCUGGAGAGAAGAAGGACGGGGAGAGAUUCAUGCGCAAACGCUUGGAUUAUCAGGUGAAAGCAUACCCUGGUGUCAGUGGCAGCUACGCCUGGACCGCAGAGGCCUAUGCUGACAUGCUUGUGCGACAUGCUGGAGGCACUACUGACCCAGUCACGGCCCGGUUUCAGGUGCCUCAGGACCUGGAGACCGCCGUAAAGCUCCGCGGUGCUGCCAUGGUGACCAGACUUCAAUGGCUGGCGGAAAGCUGGCCAUUGAAGGAUGUGAAGCAGGCACUUUUACAGGUGAUGACAACACCGAGUCCAGCGGAAAGACGAGUUCCAAGGGUGCCAGUUCCAGGCAAAGCUCGCGACAAAGCUCGAGACAAAGCUCUCGCAGCUCCAGAGGAUCGCGUGGCUCCCGGACGGCCUCGCCACAAUCGUCACCAAAGCUUCGAGAUGAUCAGGACCACAGUGAGCGUUUGGCUCCUCGUGCGAGAAGGCGAGAUUUUCCUGAUGAUUUUGGACUUGCUGGAGAGAAACGAUGAGUUCAAUUCCCUCCAUAGUGAUGAGGAGUCCACGUACAGCGAGUCUGACGAGGAAGCGGAGAUGGGAGAGUCAGAGAGUGACGAGGAGCUCAGAGAGUCAGAGACUCUGGGAGCAAAAAGCAGUCGCGUUGACGUGUUGAAAUCAGGAAGCCCCCAGGCAAUGGGGAGACUUAAGGAUGCGCUCUUCCUGGAGCCCGCCCUUGCGGCCAUGACAGCAACCCGUAGACCCGGGCGGCCCUGGCGGCCGCGGGUGCUGCUGGGAUGGGCUGUGGCCGUCACGGCCGUCAUGGCCGCCAUGGCCGCCGUCACGGCUGGGAGCAACUGCUUCGUGGCCUCGCGGGUGACGCAGGAACGACAGGAACGAAGCAUUCCCCCAGCUGCCGCGAAGGAGAGCGAAGGCGCAGUACAGAGCGGAGCUGCGGCGCGCUCGCGCCGCGGCUGCCUUUCGCGUGGCAGGAUUAUCCGAGUGCUCCGGAUCUUUCGCUUCGUGUUAGCGCUUCGCACCUUAGUCCAGUCGACCAUUCACACCCUGAAGUCGCUCUUCUGGGCACUGGUUUUAUUGGGAUUGAUCGUCUACGUGUUUGCAUUGGUGUUCACAGAGGCCACUGGAGACAUGAUCCGCGAUCUUCGGGUGGUUGGUGACCAGCAGAGCGCCAGCCUGAGAUAUUUUGGCUCGGUCACGACGACGAUGUUGAGCCUUUUUAUGAGUAUUGCCGGUGGGGUCAGCUGGGAAGAUGUGCUGGAGCCCUUGAGGCAGGUUUCGGAGAUUUGGGUAGUUCUCUUCAUUAUGUACGUAUCGUUCACCUAUUUUGCUGUGCUGAUUGUGGUGACUGCAGUUUUCUGUCAGAGCGCCAUCGAAAGCGCGCAAAACGACCACUCAACAAAGUGUCAAGCAAUUUUGGCUGACAAGGAGAUGCACAUUGAAAAGAUCAAGGAUCUCUUUCAAGAGAUCGAUGAGGAGCACACCGGGAUCAUCACCUACGAAACCUUUCAGCAGAAGAUGCACACCCCUGAAGUCCGAACAUACUUUGAGACCAUCGACCUUGAUGUUUGGGAUGCCUGGAGUUUCUUCAAACUCCUUGACCUCGACGAAGGCGGGUCUGUAGAAAUCGAGGAGUUUUUGAUGGGUUGCUUGCGCCUACGUGGCUCCGCAAGAUCCAUGGAUGUGGCCAAACUGAUGUACGACCAGGCCUGGCUCAUCAAGAAUCAGGGCCAGUUUUGGGCUUUCGUGGAGGACACUGAAAAGUACAGUAGCAGUUGGAGAACGCUUUGGAAUGACUUGAGGGGACAGUUUCAGAGUCAGGCCGUUACUGCGCAGCAGAUGCUUGCGUGCUGGGCCAGUCAACACAGCUUUGACUGGUGCCAAGAGAAACGCAGAAGGACGUCCAAGGAGAAUGCCGAGCGAGUGGAGCAAGUGGCUUUGCUGGCAGAGAAACAGGCGAAGGAGGCCCAUCAGCAGCUGGCCGCGGAGUUGCAGAGCAGCGAGCUGCGCCGCGCCGCAGCGGAGGAGCAAGCGCGGCAGCGUCAAACGCAGGAAAAUGUUAUGAUCUUCAAGCUGAAGAGCCUGUUCAGUCAGCUGGGAUUGGAGAGCCCGCACGGUAAGCAGGGCGUGGACUGCUUCAUCGACAGCUUGCAGAAAUUUCUAGCGGAUGCGGGAUAUCCUUUGAGGAGGGUGAAGCCCUCGCCCAUUCCAGAAGCGCUUCCAGAGAAGAUCCCCGAGGGAGAGGCCAUGGCCAGCGCAUCAAGCAGUGCUUGCAGUGCUUCGGCACUGCCUGCGGCUCCCAGCGUCGAAGGAGAAGGGGUCCCAGGCGAUACCUGCAGUGCGAGCCUUUCAGCAACUCCAAUGGCAACUGAGGAGAUGUGGAAAGCGGGGGGAGGAAGGACCAACCAAAGGCAGAUAUUCACCUAUCGCACCUAUUGCCUCAUGGAGGUGCUCGGAAAAUGUGAAAAGUCAGGACCUUUAGCGGCCUUCGACGAUGAGUUUGCAGCGGCCUUCGACGAUGAGUUGGACGACAGCCAGAUGCACGCGGGAAUGAGGCCAGAUGAGCUGCGACAACUUCACCGAGAAUUCGAUCAGAAUAAAGAUGGCAAGGUCUCCCUGGCGGAGAUCAUGGACUUUGCCCAGCACACUUCCAAGGCCAUCGCCGCCAAAGAUGUCGCUGGUUUGCUCGAGGCGUGGGAUGCCGAUGGAGAUGGGCACCUCUCCCUUGAGGAGCACCUGGCAGCCAGUGGCGCUGGCGAAGCUGGCGAAGCUGGCGAAGCUGGCGAAGCUGGCGAAGCUGGCGAAGCUGGCGAAGCACGAGACACGGAAGAGGAUCUGGAGAAAACGCGCGCCCUGGAGAAGGCGAAGUUCAAGGCUGCUGAUGCAGAUGGGGAUGACCUUUUGAAUCUGCAGGAGAUGGCUUCACUCUUUUACCUUGAAACGAGUCCGGCCGUCCUGGAUGUGGUCGUUCGGGACACCUUGAAGUUGAAGGACAAGAACAAGGAUGGAGUGUUAAAUGUCAAGGAGUUCUGGAUGUUCUGGGAUUUUGGCCCUGAAAAUGCUGGAGAAAAGAUCAAGGAAGAGGAGAUGCGAGUCUUCCGACAGCUGGACAAGGAUGAGAACGGUGUCCUGAACGUCUCCGAACUACGCUCCUGGGAGUCGGGUGCCUUUGAGACUGAAGCUGCCAUGAUGAGCUUGCUGCAGGAAGCGGACAAGGACGGGGACCAACAGGCUUCCCUCGAAGAGUUUGAGAAUGUAAGGCAUUCGCUGGCUGGCACUGCUUCGGGGCCUGCUGUGCCGGAGGAGAAGGCUGAAAGUGCAACCAAUGCCUCUAACCUCAUCUUGGUCAUGGAUGGCGGUGGUUUCCGCGUGCAAAGCAGCUUCCCCAAGGAGACCGCGGAGGUGCGGCAGCAGGAGCUGCGCAACGAGAUCAAGGACGCAGAGCUGCGGGUGGACGAAAAACGACAGGAGAAGAAGCGUCACUCAGAGGCCCACCUGAAGUUGCUGGCAGACAUGGAGAAGCAGGAGGAGGCCGCAAAGCCCGUGCUCAGAGAACUGGAAAAUGACCUUGCUAAAGCCAAAGAGUCUCAAGAGGCUUGCGCAGUAGAAGUCACCAAGGUUCAGCAUCUGCAGGAGAUGGGAGUGGUCAUUGAUUUCAGGGAGAGCUUCGAAACCCUGCGUGAGAAUCCGGAGAAGGCGAAGCCUAAAGCUGUCAAGGCCUUGAAAGGGCCCUUGCAGCAACUGGGUUUGGACGAGAAGCAACUCAACAGCCUGCCUGAAACCUUGGCCAAGAAAAAGGCCAAGCGAACUCCCAAAGAGAGGAAAUUCUUGGUCACUGUGACGGAGGCACUGCAGGCUCAGGUGAAAGCUCGCCAGGGCCCAAGAAGAGACUUGCAGUCAAAAUGCCAGAAAGAAGUCUACGCUCGCGAGGAGAAACUUAAAGCAGUUGCUGCAGAGGGGCCUAUGCGAGCGAAGGCGAUAGAAGCUUCGAGUAAGGGCAUCCUGGAAAAAGAAGCGCAGAUCAAAACUGCGGAGGAGCAAGCGGAGACCUGCAUCCAGGCGCUCAAGGACCAUGAGGCAAAAAUGACGUCUGUGGGGAAGAUGCUGAGAUUCAACUCUUGGAGCGAAUCUUGUUGCAUUUGCUGCGACGAACUACCUGUCGACUCUGCGGCGACCCUGGGCUGUGGCCAUGGCUGGUACUGCCCAGGAUGUAUCAAUCGUUUCGUGGAGGCACGCUUAGACGAGGGCAUUUCUGGAGAUAUCCCAUGCCCGGAUUGCGGCAAAGCCAUUUCCGAAGAGGAUCUUGCACGACUGCUCCCAAAGCAAACCAUCUUCCGGCUUCAUGCCUCAAACAUCAACCGCGCGGCGGUGGCUUCUGGUGCCAAACCGCGCCCAUGUCCAACGCCUGACUGUCACAUGCACAAGACCUUUGAAGAGGGAAAACCUGCCUGUGAAACAUGCCCUCUUUGUGAGAAGGAAUCCUGUUGGUGGUGUGGAGCCCAGCCCUAUCACAGUGGCUUGACUUGCGAGCAGCAUCGCAAAAAGGCAACCCGAAGCAGCGGUUCCAAGGAUGAUGAAAGCUUUCUGCAGUGGAUGAAGGACACUGGAACAAAGCAGUGUCCGACUUGUGGGAUGGCCACAUCCAAAGAGAAUUUGGAGAUGCAGACAGAUCAGGUGGAGGAGUGUCACAAGAUGAUUUGCCGCAGCUGCGGCACCAAAUUCUGCUUUGGGUGUAACGCCGUCCUGACGGAGAGCUACACAUGUGGUUGCACGCAAAACGCGCACAACUUUGUGGACCCACACACCGGGGAACUGGUGAAACACCUGCAGAAGAAAGAGAAAGCGAAAGCCAAAGCGAAAGCCAAAUCCAAAUCCAGGCUGGAUGAUUUGGAUUGA